UCUGUGAAUGAAUGAGCAGCAGUUACUUAUAUGGAGGAAACUCUCAUAAACGUUUAAGCGCUGAACUUCGUCGUCUACGCUUUCACUCCUUUCAACUUCACGUCUGCUGCUACGCUGCGGAUGCUUUAGCUUCUAUCUUUACUAAUCUGAUCUGGAUGGGAUUAUUCUAAACCAUUUUUGAAAAAAAUCUGCAUAAGAUGGAGGACGGCCUCAACGUCACUAUUGACCCAGCGUGUUUACAAGAGCCUCCACUGGCUAUUGACAUAAUAAAGCAGCUGGAUGUGUUUGAACUGUGCCUGUACGCCAUGCUCACCUUCAUGUCCUGCAUCUCCCUGCUGCUGUACCUGGAGCAGUGUGUCUACAUUUAUAAAAAACUGCCGUACCCCAAGAAGACGACGAUUAUUUGGAUUAACGGUGCAGCACCGGUCAUUUCCACCAUGGCUUGUUUUGGGAUGUGGAUCCCGAGGGCAGUCAUGUUCACUGACAUGACGUCAAACUGUUAUUUUGCAGUGGUGGUGUAUAAAGUCCUGGCCCUGUUGGUUGCGGAGUUGGGAGGCAACGUGGGUUUUCUGAAGCGCUUCUCUGGUGAACCCUUCAGGAUCAACACAGGCCCCUGCUGCUGCUGCUGCCUCUGUUUACCCCGUGUACCCAUGUCACGGCGAAUGUUAUUCUGGCUGAAGGUGGGUGCUCUUCAGUAUGCGAUCCUGAAAACGGUUCUCUCGGUCCUCUCCAUAAUAUUAUGGACAAAUGGCAACUUUGAUCUCUCUGAUCUGGAGAUUACUGGUGCUGCCAUAUGGAUUAAUCCGUUCAUUGGUGUUCUCACACUCACCUCCCUUUGGCCUGUUGCCAUCACCUUUAUGAACACCAACAGCCACUUGCGCAGCAUUAAGAUUGUGCCCAAGUAUGCCAUGUACCAACUGGUGCUUGUGUUGAGUCAGCUGCAGACGUCAAUUAUUAACAUCCUGGCCUUGGAUGGGACCAUCGCCUGUGCCCCUCCCUUCUCCUCUCAGGCUCGUGCAUCCAUGCUAAAUCAGCAGAUGAUGAUCAUGGAGAUGUUCAUCAUCACUCUGGUCACCCGCUUUCUGUACCGUCGCACAUAUGACCCACUUCCCUCUGACGCACGUGAUGAGGACCAGAAGACUAAUGUUCUUGUUGAGCAUGAUGUCUGAAAGGAGGUCGGCCUCAAACUUGACAUGGAAACCUCAAAUCCACAUGAGUUCACAUGUCAGCAGCAAAACAAUUCACUUUUUAUGAGGAAACUUUUCAAUUGAAUUUGCAAACUGCAGCAGAACAUCGAUUCUGGCCUUUUGAAUAUGUUUGAUGUUUUACACUAUACAACAUUAUAUGGUUAUCUAAACAUUUAAAACAUGUAAAUAACCUAAUUAUAAUCCACUUAAAAAGUGACCAGCAGAGGUCUGCCAUAACAAUAAUAUAAAUUAUACAUAUCAUUUUUUUAUUGUAUUUUUAUAUACACACAUAUAGCUGAGUUUGCAGCUGGGGACAUUAUUCUGUUGGGUAUCUUUAAGUGGAUUAUAAUUAUAUAUAUAUUAUAUUAUAUUAUAUAUAUA